AUGGACGCUGGCGGUCUUGCUCAAAUGACCUACAACUCCUCUUUCAACAAUGGCAGUGCCCUCGGGGUGCCUGGAGCCAGCUUUGGGUCACGCAGGAAAGGCUCCCAUAUCAAGCGUCUGAGCGUCCCUCCACCACACAUCUCGACUAUCGAUGAGUCUCAGCCAUCUGCACCGAUUCCGACUCCGCGCACCAGCCGUUCGCACCUUCUCGCUGGUUUAAGGACGGCUCCCAAGUCAGCCACGAUGCCCUCGGCUUCUCAGCGCCAGCAGCACCUUGGCUUCGAAGGUGAUAGAUAUGGCAAUCUCUCGAACCGAACUGCGGAUCGCGUUCCUCAAACCGCCAUGGGAACCGGAUUCCCUCGUCAUUCGUUAGCCGUCAACCAGGGUCUGGACAUGAACACGGGCCGCCCCAUGUACACUCUGCCGGAGCAGGUGCUCGCACCUCCGGCUCUUGACAUCGCUGGCGAUACGCAGAUCGACGAAAGCCUGUACGCGGAGUUGAUGUCGACCAACCUCUUCUUGGCUGCCCAGCAGCAGCGCUUGCAGCAGCAGCUGAUCAGCGUGACCGCGGCCGCUCAGCAGUUCCAGGGUCUUAAUCUCGGAACACCUGUGAUCCAGCAGCAGCAGCAGCAGGAUUAUUCUCCUCUGUCCCUCCCUGGUAUGGGUUUCUAUCAGCAACAGCUUCAGCAGGGCGUGCAGCCCGUGGUGCAGCCUGUUCCUGGACAGCCGGGGCUCUACUCGGUUUACAACCCCUUGACUGGGCAGCAAAACUAUAUCUAUGACAAUACCUUCCAGCAGGACAGCUCGCCACAGUACCAGGAAGAGGAGACACAGUCUCCCUCUGUUCAGGUGCCUACCUUCAGAGCUGAGGUGUCACCGCCGCCUGAAAAUCGCCAGUCUCCUGUGAAUGUUUCUCAGCCUGUGUCUCCUCCCAGCGGCCGUUCAUCCCCGCAAGAAACUGCCCCUCUGCCUCCUCCCUCGGCCAAUGCCUUCCGCAGGGGUCACAAGAAGAGCUCAUCCUUUAACCCCGCGCUCAAGAUGCCACUUGACACGGCCAAGGCUAACACUGCCAUCACACCCGCGGCUCCCAAGACUGCGGCGUUGCCUCAGACCCCAGCUACUGGAACUUUUGGGCCCGGACAGGCUCGUGCGGGCGAGCACCCGAUCCGCCAACCCCGUGGACCACCCUCUCUGGAGGAGCUUACAGCCAAGCCAACAUCGAAGCACGAGGGAAGUAAGAACUUCGCCACUCGUCAACGUCGACGUGCGGUGCACAACUUGGUUCGUGCGGGCAUUGAACGUCGUGGCGAAACUCGGAGCUUUGGCUGCCAUAGCAGUGGUGGUACCAAUACUCCUGCGAGCGAGAAGGAAUUCACGUUCUCCGAUGGGGAUGAUGCCACGGUUCGCAGUGGUGGUAGCCUGUCCAGCAAGCCCAGCCUGGGUAGUCUUCGCGCCGCUGCGAACGGAGCCAUUGGUUCUGAGAGGAAGGAGAGGUCUUCCCGAGAACGCCGAUCUCAGGAUAGCCCGUACAACACCACCCCCAUCAGCGAAGAUGGCGGUUUCUUUGGCGGGAAGUUUGCCGAGGUUCGAGCGGAUCAGGCCUCUCCACGAACCGGAUCACCCUCAGUGGCUGCUGUCGUCGCUGGCCAGAAGACGGUAGCUCAGGGUCAGGAAAGACGCAAGACUCCGAUGCUUGUGCUCUCCAGCGCUGAAAAGCGUAAGACCCCGAUCAUGUAA